ACAGGCAGGUGGAGCAGUAGGAGGUUCAGGAGUCAGACAGGUGCAGGUUGUUUUCACGUUCAGCCGCAGCGUCACUGGUGAGAGAUUUAAAACUUUUCUUUUUCCACUUGGACGGUGAUUUUUUUUUCCUGAUUUCCUCCAACAACCCACCGAUGGAAAGUGCGUCCUGCUAGAUCCGCCAAGCGACAUGUCCUGCGCACGAAGACUGCGAUCUACCGUCAGAUAACAAAGCGUCCGGACAGAAACAGAGGAGAAGCAGCCAGCCUCCUCCACUGAUGGCUUUCCUCCAGCAGCUUCGGCUUCUUCUCUGGAAGAACGGUCUAACCGUGAUCAGGCAGCCGGUAUGGUCCCUGACUCUCAUCAUCUGGCCCCUGAUCAUCUUCAUCAUCAUUGCUGUGACCCGCAACCAGUUUCCUCCGAUAGUAAGAGAAGCAUGUUACGUUGGACCCAGAAACCUGCCCAGCACAGGUUUCUUCCCUUUCCUGCAGACCCUCAUGUGCAACACGGACAGCAACUGUCAUGACAAGUCUCAACUGGCGGAGUCCGCUGCAUCAAAGUCUACGAAAAGUGCAGGCAGAUCAAGGUCAUCACUGCUGCAAAAUGGUUCUCCACUGGCAGGCCUGAUGCAAGGGGAUGGUUCUUUAGGGUUUAAGUUCCCCGAAAUUGACAAAUACAAUGAUCCUGCAGCACUGAUCAAUGUCUUCAAAAGCAUUGUGGGUCCAACCCACCAAGGAAGUCCUCAAAAUGUCUCCUUCAUCAACACCACUCUUGUGGGAGAUAAGGAGAGCUUCAACAAAAUGCUGGAGUCGGUGAGCGUCUUGAAGAGAGCCAUCUGCACCAUGAUACUGCCCAUGAUAAACACAACCUCGCGCGACCCCCUCACCACCUCUGUGGUCACUUUCUGCAAGACCAACAACACUGUGUUAGAGGUGUCACUCUCAACCCUCAACCAGGUGCUGUCGGAGCUGAUGCAGAAGAAACCAGACGAGAUGAUGACGGUGGCUGGACUGGGGGUGAUUGUGUUCGAUCAGCUGCAGAAUCAGACCUCGCUGUGGGAAAGUCUCCUCGUUCUCCCCCAGCUCUUCUCUAAUGGUUCUGUCGACCAAGGGCUGCACAACACAGAGGUUCUACUCACCAACAUACAGGGUGCUCUGCAUGUCAUAAAGAAGAACUUCCCUGAAACCAGUGCCACACUUUCCAAGGUGAAUCUAGUGAUUGCUGGAGGCAUCAACGUGAUCCGCUACAUACAAAACUGGCCUGGCAAAGUUGUGUCCAUUUCCCUGGGAGACGUCGUCACUUUGCAGAAUGACUCAAUUAGUGAGAUUGUGAAACGUGUUCUACAAGAGGUCAAGAUACCACUGGACCAGGCUAUCGGCCUGACAAUGGACAGGCGCAUGGUGUCCUCCUACUUGUGCGACAACAGCAGUAACCCACUUUGGUUAACAGCAGCGUGCAGCACGGGCACUGUGAACAUGCUUCUGCGUAGAAUCAGCCCUGACAAGGUGGCAAAGCAGGUUCUCCUGGCCUGGAGUAAGCAUGUUGCUCCACAUGAUGUGGCCUUCGUCAAAGGGCUGCUGCACAGUCUGAUUGGUGGUUUAUCCCCAGGAGGUCCGGGUGGUUCCAACACCUCGAGGAACCGCCGUAGCGUGGAGACACAGCCACAAAAUAUUGAUGAGGAACUGUUUUUGGGUGUCGGACAAGUGGUGUUGGAGCUUGUAAAACUUGUCCCUGAGCUGGACAUGGUUGUCCAGAGCUUCCUGAGAACUGGCUUUCAGUCCCUGAUGACAGCAACACUGGCCCUCGACACUGUGGAGGAAAUGAUGGACAAUGUCCUGAAAGAUGCCAAUCAAUUCAAAGUGACUUGGACAACAUUGCUGACAAACCAGUCACAGUCAAGCGUUUGGAUCGGUCGUGUCCUGGGCAGUGUGACGGAAGUAGUUAUGAAGACUCUGGCAUCGGAUAAUUUAACAUGUGCGGACGUCCUGGGUCCCUUGGAGUUCCUCUUAGACACUGAGACCAUAACGAUUGACGUGUGGAGAGCAAUGAUCUGCCAGAACAGCUCUGUUCUACAGCUGUAUCUGCUGAAGGACUGGCAGCCUUUGAUUCAGAAGGCGCAAGAUGUUUACGACGCCAUCACGAGCCGAACAGAAGACAACGUAACGCUUCCCAUGAUUCUCUCCGAGUGGCACAAGUUGAACAACAAGAGCAUGAAGUUUGGAGAGUUGCUGAACAGACUCGCUGUAGAGCUGGGUGGAGCACACUGGAUGAACUGGAUACCAGACAACACUCAGAAUUUCACUCAGGCUCUACAACAAAGUGUUUUCUUCUUCAUGGUGAAUUUGGGAGAAAAGUUUGAGAAGAGUCAACUGUGGCCCGAAGUAAAGAACUACUUCCACAUGCUUUACUGGGUCUUGUACUACAACCCGGGUGUCACACUUCCGCCUGCAAACUGCUCCGUCAACAUCUUAACCUUAGCCAUUCAUUGCGAUACUGGUUUGAACUGGUCACGGUUUGUUCAAGGACUGACGGAGGCUCUGAUGUCAUCAGAUCUAGACGUCCUGGUGAGAUCUCUCAAAGGGACUUUGCAUCUUUUGCAGCACAUGUAUGGCGACCUCUAUAAAUAUCUGGCAACAUCAUCACUGAAAAAAGAGAUCAAAGGUGGAGAUGCCCUCUCCGACUACCUGGUUAACCUGAUGAUAAACCUGGACACGUUUUUACGGGUUGCCUCCACCCUUCCCAACAGCAGCAUCUCUAACCCGAAUGUUCUGCUUCCCCAACUAAAUAUCCUGCUAAGGUCCACAGGUCUUGCGCCAAUUCUGCCUCUGUUACUCAGUAACGGCCCCCCUAAUAUUUCCGCAGUUAUUGAUGUUGCCUCAAAGGUUGGCAGGCUCAACCAGCACAUUUUUACCUUCAAUGAGACGGACCCAACAAUGCCUGAGCUUGAGGGGCUGAUAACUAAGUUCCUUUCAUUGCAAGGGGACCUCACCCUGUCGCUCACUCACAUCAUGGGAAACAGUCUGCUUACCUAUUCUGACUAUUUCGAUCCUGACGUUGUGGCCCGACUCAGAAAAGCCAUCAAGCCUUUCACCAACCAAACCUCAUCAGGUAUUGUAGAGACCAUCCUUAGUGCCAUGGAGGUACUGAAGACAGUGAUUGAUUCUCCGAAUGGCGAUCCAACUAAUAUCAUUCUUGGGUACCUACGCCAGCUUCAGGAAUUGGUGAUGUCUAUAUACAGGCUGCGAAAAAUCGAGCAUAUCUUCUUACCGAGUAGGCAGGUGAGCGCAGCGCAAAUCACUGACCUCCACGUGGUUUCCAAAGACUUUCUCAACCUCCUCACCCCAGAGAGUCUUCAGAACCUGACUCAGGCCGGACCAGAUGCUGCCCAGAACAUUGUCAUCCAGAAAUUUGUGGCAUUCUUACCACCAGCGGUCCAACAAGAAGCUAAACGCUUUCUCCAGGAUUUCAAAGCUCUGCAGUAUUACAUUAUCAAAUGUGGAGCAGGCCAGGACUGUUUGGCUGGAAUCUCAGAAAUCCUCAACUUCCUGGAUCAGAUAUUCGACCUGAUGCUCUCAGCCGACGGUACUGUCACCAUUAAACUGGCUGCCACAAAUGCUUCUCUGGUAGCACAGGAAUAUGAGGAACUUACAUCCUUUGUCUUCUCACUCCUCCUUGGCCUAAAUGAUUCUGCCAGUGUGAAAACAGUCAAACAGACUCUUCAUUUAAUCAGAUUGCUCGUGGCUACACCCAACAUUUCUGUGUCGGAUGUCCAGAAUGCUCUGAGACAGUCAAACCUAACCCUCAAGGAGCUGAAUAGCUUUGCUGCACUAGCUGGAGCUGCUGACAUAAACCGCCUGUUGUUUAGUAUAAUGGAGAUCAUCAAUACUCGCCAGUGCUUUGAACCAGAGCAGGACCUGAUGGUGACAACCCAGUGUGUUACCGGGUUGGUCAAGGGUCUCAGCGAUUUCCUGACACGCGUACCUGGUCUACGCAAUCAGACGGCCAUCCUCUCCCUUAUCCCGUUAAUUGUCAAUUCAACUUUCAGAGACAUCAUGCAAGCUAACUUCAGUUACAAUCCAAACGUGGUUCUCCAACACACCUUGAACAGGACUCUGGCCAAUAUCAAGUUGAGCCUCCAGGCAAAUCACCUGAACUCUCCAGAGAUCAUGAAUGAAAUCCAAGUGGUGGAGCGGCUGAUACAACUGAUUGCCAAUAUGGAACCAUACAACAAUUUAAACACUACCUUGAUGAUGGAUCCCAUGUAUGCCCAGAAAGUCUAUUUGGAGAUUAUAGACUGGUACUUGAAAAAGUUGGGAAAUAUCACCAGCAACAGCACGGUGUCAGAGAUUCUCCAGCCCUUAUUCGUCAUCACACAAAUGCAAGUUACAUUACAGCUGGCACAGACAGACUUUUCUCUGUCUGUCGCUAAACAGAUUGAGAACCUGAUAAAAACCCUCCAGUUCCCAAUAGAUGGCGCAGGGUUGAAUAAAAUUGGCCAGACAACUGUCGAGAUUCUCAAGGGCCUAUUUGACAUCAUAAAGUUCAACCUAGAGGCUCAGAAUAACAUGAUGGGUCCAGAGGAGUAUUUCAAUUCAACCGCUUUAAAUGCUAUCGCGGCUCAAAUUAAGCUUUACCUAAACGUCACACAGGAGUGGAUGAAACAACCCAAUGUCCCGUUGAUCUUCACGAGUAUGCUUCAAUGGGGGAAUUCUUCCAUCAACAUAUCUACCCCUGUGACAGACAUUCAGCACCUGCUGCAGACAACGUCUGUAUUCCUCAAUGAGAGUGAAGUCAUCUAUCUUUCUGCAAUUCUCAAUAUCAUGCGCUCCCUCGAGAAAGCGCUAAUGGUGGCUGAGCGACCAGGGGGCCUUCAAAGUGAUCCCCUCGUAGCCGCCAUCGUGGAAGGAGUCAAAACCACUAUGGCGCUCCUGAUUGGAGCCACAGGCCCCCUGCCGCACUCUGUACAGCAGGACAUCCUGGAUAUUGUGCAGGAUUCAUUGAAGCUCAUUGUCCUGCCAGACAAGAACUUUGACUCAUCACGAAACAUCUCCCUCCUCAUCCUCAAGAGAGCUCAGAGGGUCGUCCAAACGAUAAUACCGGAAAUGUAUGCCGUAUACAUAAUUCCUGGAAUCAAAGUGGCAACAACAUUCUUUGAGAGCGCCUCGGGAGAUAGUGGACCAGACAUCUGGAAUCACAUGAUUUUGAGUGAGCUGAAGACGAUCGAG